AUGUGGAAACGCUUCCCGGAGGUGAUAAGCUUCGACAACACUUACAACACAAAUCGCUUCAAGCUCCCGCUCUUCCAGGCGACGGGUCAAACUUGCCUCAAGUCGGUCUACAACGCUGCCUUCGGCUUGAUCGAUAACGAAAGGCGUGAAGGCUUCCAAUUCCUCGCUGAAGGGAUUAGGCAGUUGGUUGAGAGGCAUGGAAUUCAACUACCCAACGUUGUGAUCACGGACUUCGACCAACAGAUGAAGGCGGCACUGGAAGAUCAGUUUCCAGACGCUCAACAACAGCUUUGUAUCUUAUAUAUCAACUCGAACGUACUACUUAACGCCAAGCGCAAGUGGAAGCACGCCAAGGAAGACAGCGACGGUGGCUCUAAUACUGAGCAAUCGCAGGCAACGUUAAAUUCGCGCGACAAGGAGGCGGUCCUUGCGGCGGGGAGACAAGACGAGCCGCUGUCUCGGAGCAACGUCUCCACGACCGUACCCCACAACUACCGUGGUGUCCUUGAAAUGUGGAAGCUCGUGGUUUUCGCAGAGACAAAGGAAGACUACGAGAAGUGCUUCAUCAAAAAGCAUCGUAACUUCGGUAUUCGCGUCACGUCUGGCACGGAGGCAAGCAACAACAACGUCAAGAGCUAUCUGCUCAAUGGAAUGAACCAUCUAUUUGGGCUCAUCGAGGCGAUAGAGGGCAUGUUGGGUCUCGCCCUUGGCCAGAACCAAUCGGAGACUGCGGCGAGAACUGUUCCGUAUCCUGGCAACUGGGGAUCCCUUGCCGCCAUACGAUCUACUGCAAAUUGGAAGCAGGAUCGCAACGAGCCUUCGUGGACGACCGAAGAAUACGGUACAGCCUGUCCCUACGAGUAUGGUGGUUAA